CUUCUAAGGAGCUGAUCGAAAGAGCCACCCUUGCGCACUAUCCCAUUUCACAUCGCUGAACAAAGUUUUGUAGUGAGUUUCGAUCAUUGGGGUGGGGCCCCCUGUAGUUCCAGUAUUUGCUUCGGAAUCUAGUUAGCUGUCCGUCGAGAUGUGGUCUCCAUGUGCCCAGCGAAUGAGAUACAGCGUGGGGCAUUGCCCCCAUUGGUCUCCGGUGCAAACCGCUCCGAGGUCUUUUGCGACUCGGUUGGGUGUCAAGUGCCCUACCGCAUUGGGCUGCGCUCCUUCUCGCUGCUCCGCAUGGGCUGGGGAUACACCUCUCGGGCGUGGCUGGGGCUGAGCCGCGCCUCGGUCCAGCGCCGUGGCCGGCGGUGGCGCUGCGCUGAACGCCAGGAAGUGGUCUUGGAUCCAGACCUAUUCAGCCCAGAGACCUUGACACAGGCGGCAGAGCCUCUUCAACGGUAUACUUAUGAAAGCCUUUUUGGAGGCUCAGCAGCUUCUGAGAGCUCGGCCUUCAGUGUGGAUCAUCAAGUCUUUGGCAACUAUGGCAGUUUGUGGAGCUUCUUUGCCCUGGCGGACCCGAGUCGUUGGACCAUGGCGGACGGCAUGACGCCCGCCUGCCCGAGCACCUGCACAUUGGCCAUCCGAGCGGUGCGACUGUUGGCAGAGGUGGACCAGUGGCGGAACUCGUCGCCGGCCAGGCGCUUGCAGCAACUUAGCCAGCUCUCAUUGCUCUUUGGCAAGGGCGACCAGUGGGAGUCCUUGCGGACUUGGGUGUGGCCACGGCUUACGGAGCUCUGGAAGGAGGAUGCUUCCUGGAUCCUUCAAGAACUCACCGAGCCUCAACGGAGCUGCUUCGAUGCCUUGAACACCGGCAAGGCUGCAGAGGUUUUGGAGGCCUUUGGCAAUGGGAGCUUUCGGCCUCUGGAGUGUCAGGGGCCGAAGACUUGGCCUCAUGCGCUCAUCGCUGCGUCCAUGCGUCGGAGUGACGAAGGGAGAGAGGCUUCCUCAUCUCGCUCCCUGGAGAUUGGGCGCAAAUGGAGGCUUUGUGGCAUGCCAGGAGAGGUGAUGAAGCAAGGCUUCGGCCGGGGAUUCCAGGCUUCUUUGCUGGGUGCUUGGGCCGAGGAUCAUGGCUCUGCCUGGGAGGUGGAGCUCUCCCUUUUUGUGGCUCCAAGGGAUUUGUGUGUGCUGGUCGAUGGAAAUCGACUGUUCCAGACACAUCCACAGUCCUAUUUGACGCCAUGGAGCUGUUUCAUGCAGCAUGAGCGGAGAAGCUCCAGGUCUUCUGGUCAAGGUGUGGUGUCCUAUUCGGGCACUGUUGCCUUGCUCCGCUGCCGCUUCCCCACAGCCCCACAAGGGGCCGUGGAGCUGACUGUCUCUUCCACCAUCAUACCUUUGCAAGCUUUGGGAUGGUCUCUGACAGGAAUUCGCCUUUGCCCACUUCAGCCACUUUCGCCGGGUCUUCUCGCCACGGGGCCGUCUAGCAGUUCCUCUUCUUCGCGAAAGCUGGUUGUUUGCAGCGAGGUGCUUUAUUCCUUGAGAGGAGCCUACAAGUCAACGCUGGUGAAGCAUUGGUUGGAAUAUCAUCGGCUAAUCGGUGUUGACCACUUUGUCAUUUAUGACCGGGAUGGGUCCUUAGAAGAGGAUGGGGUUUUGGAGCCUUACAUCAAAACAGGCUAUGUCAGCUACUUUCCUCGCUUCUCCUUCUUCGCCUUGUCAGAGCACCAUGAUGCGGUCCAUGCGCUUCCAGGCUUGCCAUCCGCGGCUGCACCAGACGCACAGGCAGCCUCCCAUUGUCUCUUUAUGCAGCGUGGCUUGACCGAAUGGGUCUCCUUCCUGCACUCACCGGACGAGUACUUGUCCAACAAACACGGCCUACGGCAUGUGGAAGAGGUUCUAGGUGUUUUGAGACCGCUGCGGGACCAGGGGCUCGCAGCUGUUGAUGUCACUGCCAUCUACUUCACGCGAUCGAUGCACCGGAAGCCUCAAGGCCCUGUACGUCCAUCGCCCUGGCUCUUUGGGCGCUACGUCUAUCGUGCCUCAGUGCCUAUCCAACUGCGAGACUGGGGAAGUCCGGUGGCUGGCUUUCUCAACCGCUUUGGCUCCCCCCUGGUGGUUCCAGAGCGGGUGAGUGACCUGGUCUCAGCCCACUACCCUCGACCAGCUGCUGGCACGUUUUACUUAGACGAUGUGCCGAUGGACUUUCUUCGGGCCAACCACUAUGGUGAGGCCUUUCACCCGCGGCAAAUCAUUGAGGAAGAUGACACACCAGUGAAGGAUGAGAGCAUCCUUUGGGCUGAAGAGGCCAUGGCCAAUUUGAAUCUGGAGCCAUUGCCUCCAGGGCCAGAGCCGGCCGAGCCAACUUCAGGGUAAUGCGGUUUGAUGGACGGCUUCACGUUCCGCGGUGCCAGCCAUCUCGGAGAUGGGCACGCAGAUGACUUGGUGAAGGAUUCGUUGUGGACGACGAGCCAGCUGCGGUGGUUUCAGGCAAAGUGUUGCAGCAGCAGGAGCAAACAGUUGAAGAGUUGGCAUCAGUUUGAUCUGGAAGAGAGCCUGCCUCCCGCUACUACAGAUGUGCGGGAACACUUCAUGCCUGCAAUUCUUGAGCGUGGGGAGUGAAGCUGUGUAGGAUCUAUUGACUUGCAGUGGCAUGCCCCAAGCCAUGGUCAGGCUUGGUAUUCACCAAUCAGAACAUAGUCCAGUGCAGAUGGCCAAAUAUGGCUCUCGCUGCCAUUUCAACCACCUCUUGAAUGGAUUGAGAAGACGUGUGUGGAAACCAAA